ACGAAUUUUUUUCCUUGGUUAACAAUAAUUGUCGUUUUUCCAAUAUUUGCGGGUUCCAUCGUUUUCUUUCUUCCCCAUAAAGGAAAUAGGGUAAUUAGAUGGUAUACACUUUGUAUAUGUAUUUUAGAACUCCUUAUAACGACUUAUACAUUUUGUUUUCAUUUCCAGGUGGACGAUCCAUUAAUCCAACUAGAGGAGACUUAUAAAUGGAUCAAUUUUUUUGAUUGCCAUUGGAGAUUGGGAAUAGAUGGACUUUCUGUAGGCCCUAUUUUAUUGACAGGAUUUAUAACCACUUUAGCUACUUUAGCGGCCCGGCCAGUUACUCGCGAUUCUCGAUUAUUUCAUUUCCUGAUGUUAGCAAUGUACAGUGGUCAAAUAGGAUUAUUUGCUUCUCGAGACCUUUUCCUUUUUUUCAUCAUGUGGGAAUUAGAAUUAAUUCCCGUUUAUCUACUUCUAUCCAUGUGGGGGGGGAAGAAACGUCUAUACUCAGCUACAAAAUUUAUUUUGUAUACGGCAGGGGGUUCCAUUUUUCUAUUAAUGGGAGUUUUGGGUCUUACUUUAUAUGGUUCGAAUGAACCAACAUUCAAUUUUGAAACAUCAGUAAAUCAGUCAUACCCCGCGGCUUUAGAAAUAAUAUUCUAUAUUGGAUUUUUUAUUGCUUUUGCUGUCAAAUCACCUAUUUUACCCCUACAUACAUGGUUACCUGAUACCCACGGAGAAGCACAUUACAGUACUUGUAUGCUUCUAGCCGGAAUCUUAUUAAAAAUGGGAGCAUAUGGAUUGAUUCGAAUCAAUAUGGAAUUAUUUCCUCACGCCCAUUCUCUAUUUUCUCCCUAUUUGGUGAUAGUAGGCACAAUCCAAAUGAUCUAUGCAGCUUUAACAUCUCUUGGACAACGAAAUUUAAAAAGACGAAUAGCCUAUUCCUCUGUAUCUCAUAUGGGUUUUAUAAUUAUAGGAAUUGGUUCUAUGACCGAUACGGGACUUAAUGGAGCUCUUUUACAAAUAAUUUCUCAUGGAUUUAUUGGUGCUGCACUUUUUUUCUUGGCGGGAACGACUUAUGAUAGAAUACGGCUUGUUUAUCUUGACGAAAUGGGGGGAAUAGCUAUUCAAAUGCCAAAAAUAUUCACGAUGUUCAGUAGCUUUUCAAUGGCUUCCCUUGCAUUACCAGGUAUGAGCGGUUUUGUUGCCGAAUUACUAGUAUUUUUUGGAAUAAUUAGCGCCAAAAAAUAUCUUUUCAUGUCCAAAAUACUCAUUUCUUUUGUAAUGGCAAUUGGAAUUAUAUUAACUCCUAUUUAUUCAUUAUCUAUGUUACGCCAGAUGUUUUAUGGAUACAAGCUAUUUAAUGCCCCCAACUCUUCUUUUUUGGAUUCUGGACCGCGAGAGUUAUUUCUUUCUAUCUCCAUUUUGUUACCUGUCAUAGGUAUUGGUAUGUACCCCGAUUUCGUUCUUUCACUAUCAGUUGAAAAGGUCGAAGUUAUUCUAUCUCAUUUUUUUUAUCGACAAGUCUUAUAA